AUGGAGGCAGCCGCAGCAGCAGCGGGCGCCAACAUCUCGGCCACGGCAGCCCUGCACCAAGUCCCAACAGGCCUGGGCUUCGGCUUCUUCUUCCUUCCCUUCGCAACCGUCGUCUGCUUCCUCAUUCCCGUCCUUUACCUCUUUCCGCCGAUCCCGGCAACAACCAGCGACGCCCUGCGCGCAACGCACUCCAAGAUUGGCAUCGCCCCGCCAAAGAGCAAUCUCCGCGACCAGUUCUCCGCCCAGCACCGCGAGCCUCCGGCCGGCGGCGCCGUCGCCCGGCUGCAGGCACUCUGCGUGUACCCCAUCAAGUCAUGCCGCGGCAUUGAGAUGGCCAAGAGCAAGCUGCUCCCCACGGGCCUGGAGUUUGACCGGCUGUACACCUUUGCGCAGCUCAAGUCGGCCUUUCCCGUCGCCGUCGACGACUCGGAGGAGUCCAAGGACCGGCACAGCUGGGAGUUUGUCACGCAGAGGCAGUUCCCGCUGCUGGCGACGGUCAAGGUGGACGUCUUCGUGCCGGACCCGACGAAGCGCACCGUCUUCAUGGAGAGCACCAGCGACGCGUGGAUCGUCUUCCGCUUCCCCUGGCAGGACCGCGGCUUCGCGGGCUUCGUGCAGUGGGUGUCCGCCAAGAUCCGCGACGGGUGGCGUGCCGUGCCCGAGAGGGAGGUCCUACUGCCUGUCGAGUUCCCCACGGAGAAGGAGAUCCAGGAGCGCGGGUACACGUACGAGGACGUGCGGGUGUGGAAGGAGAUGGUGCCCGCUCUCAACAUGGAGAAGGAGAUCCCGAAGGAGCUGAGCCAGUAUCUCGGUGUGAGCAACAAGCUCGCCAUCUUCAGGGUCGACCCGAGCAAGCUAAGGGAGGUGUAUCGGUGUGCGCCGACGAAGGAGGAGGCUGGGUUCCAGACCAUUGUUGGCUUCCAGGAUGCGUACCCCAUUCACUUGAUGAACCUCAGCAGUCUUCAAGAGUUCGACUCUGAGGUGCCGAAGGACGAGGAGCUCACGCAGCUCGACGUAAGGAGGUUCCGCUCCAACAUCAUCGUCGCCGGUGCGCCCGCCUACGAUGAAGAGUCGUGGAAACACAUCACCUUCACCCAGGGCACCUCAAAGAUCACCGCCCCAGCAAAGUUCCAAGUCUCCUGCCGAACGGUCCGCUGCAAACUCCCCAACGUGGACCCAGCAACCGGCGUCCGUCACAAGGUCGAGCCCGACAGGUCCCUCCGCAAGCUGCGCGAGGUCGACGAGGGCGCGCCCAAGAUGGGCUGCCUUGGCAUGCAGCUCUGCCCGCUCUUUGACGGCACCACCGACCGUGUCGAGUUCAUGCAGGCCUGGCUCGAGGUCGGUAUGGACGUGAGCGUGGAACAGCGCGGGGAGCAUGUGUACAUCAAGCAGUGA